UGUAGGUACCACGGUUGAUUAUCUUUGAUACAUUAAUGAUAUUUAUUAUUCCUUGUUGUUGUUGACUUCGGUAUACAAGAUAAAUGACCUUCGACUUUGUUAAGGGUUUUGUGCUAUUGUUUCAGACUUCAGUUAGACUGAGAGUGUGUGUUGUGUAAAGCAUUUCCUUUCAUUUCCAUGUGUGUACUCCGCACAUCUUUACAGUAAAAUACACCGUUCAAGGGACAACACGAGUCCCCGCCAGUCUGUGCAGCAAAUGCUUCCACAGGGAGUUGAAAAUAGGAACGUAAUUGAACGGCCACCCCCCCCCCACCUACCCACUCCCCUCAUUGGUCUGCUGGAAAUAAUCGCCACCGGCUCUCAGUCUGACGAGGACCGUCGUUAGAUUAGACAAGCUCGAGUAACGGGCGAGCAAGCACAGAGUUCAGAGGAGGUUAUUACUCUCUUUAGUUUGACAACUUCUUCUCCAAAGAGACAAAAGCAGAGUGGGGAAAAGGGGACAGAGAGGAUUAGGAAGUAGAAAAGGAAAGAAGGGGGAAAGUACUCUUCCGAAUAACUUUCUAGAAGAGUACACUCAUUUUAAUUUGGAGAGAAGAGGGAUAGAAAUAUACUGGGCUUGAAUCUGCUCCGUUAGACAAAAUGAAUGUCAGCGAUGAGAUCCUGCUCAAGUCCAUCAGCAAAGACGCGUUGCUGGAUCUGACACAGCGCUAUGGACACUCGGCGUUCGGCCUCGGCCCGGCGGUGUCCAGUUCUGCCCGCGGCGCUGUAUGCGCCGGAUCCUGUUUCCCGUUUACGCCGACCACCGACUUUCUCGCGGGUCAGGUGAACACUAACCCUAACACUGAGAGCGGCGGGGAGCAGACAAGCGACGACGAGGACGGCUUUAAUCCCUUGGAGUCCAGGAAAAAGGGCUCAUCGUUCGGGGAAGAUCAGGCAAGUGGUUCCCUGAUCAAGAAGACCAAGGAGCAGCGUUCACUGAGGCUCAGCAUCAACGCCCGCGAGCGGCGGAGGAUGCACGACCUGAACGACGCGCUCGACGGUCUGCGUGCUGUAAUACCAUACGCCCACAGCCCGUCCGUGAGAAAACUCUCCAAAAUAGCCACUCUUCUUUUGGCCAAGAACUACAUCCUCAUGCAGGCCCAGGCUUUGGAGGAGAUGAGGCGACUGUUGGCAUAUCUGAACCAAGGACAGUCUCUGACCUCUCCUGUCCCCGCUGCCUUGGCUACUUUGGGACAGACGUCCAUCUACCCGUUACCGGAAUCGGCGCUCACCGGGAAGUGCACCACUUACUCCGGGACACACUCGAGUCUCCUUAAACCUUAAUCCGUGUUUUUUUUUCAACUUUUUGAACAAUAUUGUUUUCUUCAGCUAUAAAUUCUAUUUACUUUGAUUUACUUUGUUCCAAUGUACGUGGCAUAUUGUGACUUCUGUAAAAAAAAAAAAAAAAAAAAACAUUUUCCAAUUUACACUAAAACUAUGUUCCGACCGCAGCCAUCGCGUUGACGUUCAUUCAUUAUUUCUUGUUUUUGAUUGGUUACACUUAAAUUGCGCUACAGUUAACACACAUGGAGGAUUUGAGCUCUUUAAUUCCAAGAUUGUCACUUUUAACACUCGCCUAGUUGGUUGGUUGUAUUUUCACGGAAACCUUAAAGAUAAAUAGAAUACUCUUUUUAAGAGAUUCCUCACAUCCUUAUAUAUAUUUUGUGCUUUAAUCAGAUCCUCGCGUGGUUAUGCACCGCAUUCCAUUUUGUUAAUUGGGUAUAAAUAAAUUAAGAAGAGAAAGUAACACUUUAACCUGCCAUCUCGGAAUAAAAAAUGAAUGAAUUCGAAACCGUAAUAAUGUUGUUUAAAGCACUACUGGGAUUAAAAAUGUUUCUGGAAAUGAUGCGUUAUAAAAAUAGAACGUAAUUAAUGUUCUUGUUAAUAUUACCGCAGCCUGACAUUUGUUUAGUGAUGAUUAUCGGCUUUCUUCUGCAGUCUUCACAACACCACGAAAAAUCAACACCGUCCAACAUUCACCUGAGAAUUAUUGAACUUUCUGUUCAUCUAUCCUGAAGAUUGUCAUAGUGAAAUAAUGCAAAGAUACAUUUUUUUUUGUGCAAUACAAUUUUACAGAACAUUGUUUAUCAUCUGGGUAGUUGUGACCAAUAAGUAAUUAUUAAAUUAAAUUAAUAAAUUGCUAUUGCAUUAUUAUUUUGUAUCUAUUUAUUUGGUUAAUUUGCAUCUAAUUCCAAUAGACCUAUCCAUAAAUUUGUGUAUUAUUACAGUUGAUAUAAAAUGAAAUCCAAACAGCUGGGACAUGGGUCAUUUAUUACUAUUAUCACGCUGAGGGAAAAUACUCUUUGCAUUUAACCCAUCCUAGUAAAGGGAUACAAGGCAGUCUUUGCCAGGAUUCAAGCCAUCGAUCCUGCUGAUGUCACUGCAAGGCCACAGACUGCCUGUUUAUUUUUGAAUAAACCACCAAACUCUUA